AUGAAUCUGCAUUCAUUAUGUAAGGAUAUUGAACAGUUUCUGCAACAAAAUGAUCAUAAUUCCAAAGCACAGUUUCUCAACUGGUUGAAAUCGCGAUUGAAUAUUCCAACUGAUGAAACCGAUCACAAAUCUCUCAUUAACACAUCACAGCUAUUUUCUUGUCAAUGCGGCCAUCAGUACUCGCUUCGUGUUGCGAUUACCGACAAUUUUCAAGAGCACGAGCGAUUUGAUUUUUGUACAAAAUGUCAAAUUGAUUUACACGACCACGAGAGCUAUCGGAAACAUUAUUCCAUGCAUCAGCAAGGACAGUUAUUUUGUAAAUGCUGCUUACAAUUCUAUACGAACGAAGAAAUGGAAACUCAUGAUUGUGAGCAAGGAAAAUUCAAUGAAUUGCAAAGUCUAGAACAGUUGAUUCCACCGGAUACGAAUGAACAAGAACAAGAAUCGAAUCUUAUGGGUAAAAUUCACGAUAUUUCUCUCGAAAAGGAUGCGAGCAGAUAUAUUCAACUAGAGUUUGUCAAUGAUGCUGAUACAUCGACUUCAGCACGUCUAGUUCAUCUCGGUUUACCGAAGUUGACCGAUUCAAUCACUGAAAUCCGUCAUCCGGAUGGUAAACGACAAUUUCGUUGUCCAAUCUGUUCCAAUUCCUAUGUUAAUCGGUCAGGUCUCAAUCGACACUAUAUCACGCAUAGUUCGCAAGACUUCUGGAAAGUUGGUUCAGAACGCAAGGAGAAGAAGAGAAAAAUCAAGUGUCAAGCAAUCAUUGAACAGGUUGUAACUCGAAAGAACUUCAAUUAA